AUGACGGACGUUGAAAGCGGAGCGGCCGUGACCGCGACAGAAGCACCGUCGAAUGCAACAGCCAAACAGGAACAGUCUCCUGUUCAAAGAAAUGGCGGAGCAGUGAAAGAUGACGGCAGUACAGUGCACUCCGCUCCUGUUCCAUACUAUAAUGGUGGAGCUCAAAUGAAGCGUCCACCGCCGCCACAACCGCCUCCAAAGAUGUUCUUUGCUCCGCAAAAGUACGGAUUUUUCACAAUGAACAACGUAGAGCAGAGAUGGAGAGAUGAUCCCGACAAAGAGAAAAAAUCUCAGGCAGAUGAUAUAAUCGCAAAUGUUACAGAAAAAUUCUUUCCUGGAGCGAAAAGAGCUGCAGAGCCAACUCUACCAGUUGGUCCCCCGUUCAUGCCCGCGCCACCAGGGAUGCCGGGUAUUCCACCUCCUCCGUUCAUAAUGCCACCUGCUCCCCAAGGUCCUCCAAAGGAUGCUAAGAGAAUCAAGUUUAAUGACGAGGAUAGUGAUGAGAACGAAUUGUUUGCGAAAUUGCUUUACAAGAAGUUGAAAUCGAUUGCAAGCCGCAAACGUCUGGAGAUUCUACAUGUUUCCAUUAUGGAGAUGGUGAGACAAGCUCAAGAAGAGGAUGAAAGAGAGAGGGGUGUGGUGAACACUGGCUCUAUUCCGGCUCCACCACCAACCACAACUUAA